UUCACAUUCUCGUGUCGAUUCAAAUCUGUCCACCGGAUGUUUUAAAAAGCUGCUUUUAAAAUAAAUUGGUCCCUAAAGAUCUCUUUGAACAAUAAAGAAGUAUCUUUUCGAGGUGAUGUGAAUUGCGCAUAAUCAAGAUCUAAACCCGAAAUACGGAUUGUGCUGAUCCUUGUAGCCCUGCUGUUUUACCUCGAGUGCUUGCUUGGCUUUGUUGUUUCUUCCCUCCAGAAAGGAACCAUGGGUAGUAAAAAAUACAAGUGUUUCAUCAGCACACCUGAAAGUGUCGAGGACAUUGCGGAACAGUUCAGGGAAAUGGUCAAAAAGAGAAAAAAUCACAUGAACUUUAGGCUGAAAAAGACGACUAAAAAGGAUGAGUGUGACCUUGUUUUGGUUUACUGUCCAAUUGUUUCUCUCCCUGGAUAUGACAUUGAAGCAACCCUUAAUAAAAUAAAUACCGAAUUUUCAAACAAGAUGGUAAUUUUAAUAGUGCUUCACCACACAUUUGACCCUGAGAUCAUUGUAUCAGACAGCAGUACAUUUGUUGGCAGUAAGGUUAGUCUUACUGUGGACUGUCUGUUUCAUGAGGAUCAGGGAUUAUUAAAGUGCAAAAGGAAUUCUGAAGCUGCGAGAAAGGUUAAAAAAUUCCUGAGAUCAGAAAAACCGUGACAAAGUAAUCAGAAGAGACAUAUUGCAAACUCCAGUGAAGGCUGAUCAACUUUAAUGAAGACGCAGCAGGAUGAAAAAAUUUUAUCACCAAAAUAUUAAUUGAUGACUUAAUUCUGAACAUGUCUGAAAAGCUAAAUCAACAAACAGCCAAUUCAAAUUCUGUAUAUAAAUAUUUUGAUUUGACUAAAUCUUUAUACUUUAUUUUUAAGUUUCAAUUCUCCUUUUGAUUUGACAUAAACAUGCUUUUAAGAGUUAGUCUUGUUAAU